AGCCGCUCAUUCUCUCUCCUCCAUUAGCAGCCGGCGCCAAGCUGGUAAGACUGCAAAUCCAGUUGGGUGAGCGUUGCUUUGGGCACGGGGACUCCAUGGUUGCAAGGUAGGCUGUGCAAUCGUGCCUUUUUCGCCUAAGACUUGCAUAGGAUGAAUGCGUUCACAACGGCUGAGAUGGUUUCUCACUAGAUGCUGCUCCCCCCACCAGGCUGAAGAGGUUCUACUUGCAAUGGCCAAGUACAAGCUAGUCCUCCUGAGGCACGGGGAAGGGGCCUGGAACAAAGAGAACCGUUUCUGCAGCUGGGUGGACCAGAAGCUGAGUGGCGAUGGAGUGAAGGAAGCCCAGUCCUGCGGCAAGCACCUCCGAAACCUGGGCUUCGAGUUCGACCUCGUGUUCACGUCCAUCCUCAGCCGCUCUAUCCAGACUGCUUGGCUGGUGCUCGAAGAGAUGGGGCAGGAAUGGGUGCCCACAGAGGCUUCCUGGAGGCUGAACGAGAGGCACUAUGGGGCGCUGAUUGGCCUCAACCGGGCAGAAAUGGCUCUGAACCACGGGGAAGAGCAGGUGAAGAGGUGGCGGAGGAGCUACGCGGUCACCCCGCCCCCCAUCACAGAGUCCCAUCCUUAUUAUCAUGAAAUUUAUAACGAUCGCAGGUAUCAGCUUUGUGACGUGCCCUUGGAAAAACUCCCCAAGGCCGAAAGUUUAAAGGAAGUCCUUGACAGACUCCUGCCGUACUGGAAUGAGAGGAUAGCGCCGGAGGUAAAGAAGGGCAAAACGGUCCUUAUCUCUGCUCACGGGAAUAGCACGCGGGCUCUGCUGAAACAUUUGGAAGGCAUUUCUGACGAGGCCAUUGUCAACGUCACCCUUCCCACCGGCGUUCCUGUUCUCCUUGAGCUUGAUGAGGAUCUACGUCCACUCGGCCCACACCAGUUUCUCGGUGACCAAGAAGCCAUCCAAGCGGCCAUCAAGAAAGUGGAGGAUCAAGGGAAAGCCAAGCCCGCGGAGAAAUAAAGACCAGUUUCCCCAAUGCACGUGCUCUCAUCUGUUAUCGUAGGUGGUAGCAGAUGACGCUUGGUGAUUGCACUAUGCCAACUUUAUUUAAUUUUAAGUUCUCAGUGGAAAAUGGUGGCUAGAUGUUAACCCUUCUUCCUCUUGGGAGCCUUCAGGUCAAAUUCCAGUCUAACAGAAAGUGAAUUCACUAGAUUUCCGCUAGGGCAGGUUUGUCCAACUCUGGUGCCCCAGAUGUUGAUGGACUACUAUUCCCAUCGGUCCCUGCCAAUUGGCCUUGCUGGCAAGGGCUGAUGGGAAUCGUAGUCCACGAAACAUCUGGGGCACCAGAGUUGGACUCCCCUGCCUAGGGCAACGGAAGAUCAUUGCAUAACCUUCCGAAAUGCUAUGCAUACAGGUGGGAAUAAAACGUUAUCUGCUAUUCCACGAUUCUUUGGUAGAUCCACCUUUAUUUUUACAGUUUGAACUGGGAAGCUGGCUUUUGGGUGGAGGGAGAGAACUUCUUGGCUAUUUCUGCUCAUAUUGUGUCAAUAAAUUCCCUAUCUCCCCA